AUGGUAGCUGCAAAGAGGGUGUUGAGGUACUUGAAAGGAUCAAUAGAUGAUAUGAGAAGUACUUCAGGGUAUUGCUUUACAUUUGGGUCGGCAUGUUUUUCCUGGUGUUCAAAGAAGCAGGAAAUAGUGGCUCAAUCAACUGCAGAAGCUGAGUUCAUUGCAGCUACUGCAGCUGUGAAUCAAGCAUUAUGGUUAAAGAAGCUGAUGGAUGAUCUGCAUUUGGAGCAAGAAGAAGGCAUAGAAGUAUUUGUGGAUAAUCAAGCUACUCUGGCCAUUUCACAGAAUCCAGUAUUUCAUGGAAAAACAAAGCAUUUUAAGGUCAGGUAUUACUUCUUGAGAGAAGUGCAGAAGGCUGGAGAGGGGUUUGUAGCCGGAAUAUACUUGGUCCUCUUCGCUGCUUCGUCAACUUUACUAAGCCAUGGAAUCGUUGCAGCACCACCCUCAUACAAUGUGAUAAACUAUGGUGCAAUUGGAAAUGGAGUCAGUGAUGAUACUCAAGCCUUUGUCAAAGCUUGGGGAAAUACAUGUGGAGACAGUGGAGCACAAGGCACACCAACUUUAGUUGUUCCUGGUGGGAAGAAGUUUAAACUCUCUCCUGUCUUUUUCAAAGGCCCAUGCAAGUCUUCAAAAAUAUUCGUUCAGAUUGAUGGGACUUUAGUUGCUCCUAGUUCACUAAGUGGAUGGAAAGGCUGCUUCGCGGAUAGCUGGUUGGUUUUCCGAGACGUGGCCAAUCUCAAUGUCAAAGGAUCAGGACAAGUCGACGGUCAGGGCUCACUCUGGUGGGGUGGAGCUAAGGCCUUGGCCUUCUUCCGUUGCUUCAAUCUGGUGCUAAGCGGACUGCAACACAUUAACAGUCCGAGGAACCACAUCUCCAUCAGUGGUUGUGAUGGUGGCACCAUCUCCAGUCUCCGAAUAACUGCACCUGGAACUAGCCCUAACACAGAUGGAAUCGACAUUGCUGGCACCAACCACCUUAACAUCCACGACCUUAAUAUUCAAACAGGGGACGAUUGCAUCGCUAUUAUUGGCAACUCCAGCUAUAUUACUAUCACCGGAGUGUCCUGCGGACCUGGCCAUGGUAUAAGCGUUGGAAGCUUAGGUACACAUGGAACCCGCGACACAGUCGAAGAGGUACAUGUGCGCAAUUGCACCUUCACUGGAUCUACGAAUGGAGCAAGGAUCAAGACUUGGCAGGUUGGUUCGGGAUACGCCAAGAGUAUCAUUUUCGAUCAAAUCACGCUCAACGCGGUGAAGAAUCCAAUUAUCAUCAACCAAUUCUAUACCAACGCAGUAGCUGAAGAGAAUGCGGUAAUCUCACGUAGAAAUUACGAACAUGCAUCGGGCGUGGUGGUGAGCAACGUGACGUACAGCGGCUUUCAAGGGACCAGCGCUACGGAUCAAGCCAUCACGCUCAGCUGUUCCAGCGCAGGUUGCUCGGAUAUCAUACUGGACAACAUUAAGAUAACAUCAUCGACGCCUGGAAGAACGGUCACUGCCUCGUGCAUGAAUGCCCAUGGAUCAGCUACUUUGACCACACCUCCUGUGCCUUGCUUGCUUAGGUAG